CGGCGCAGCGAGUGCUCUGGGCGGUGUUUGCCAGCGGCGGCUUUUUCGGAGUGCUUUUCUCGGCGAUCCCGACCUGUUAAAGCGCAUUUCUGCUUUGGCUUGAGCCCGAGAGGCGCCGGCACCACUGAGGGGACGAGGCGCUUUUUCCCGGCCGGUGGCGGCGGGGCGGCACCGGACCCAGGAGGACCGAGGGAAAGACCGGCGGAGAGGCAUCCCGGCGCGGGCCGUCCCGUCCCUUCGCUGCCCGGCUCGGCGCUCCCAUCGCGGCUCGCUGCCGCCGCCCUGGGCCAUGGGCCAGCCCGACUGAGAGCCCGCGGGUCCGUCCGCAGCCCGGCCGGUGCUGCCCGAGCGCCGAGGCGGGGCCGCAGCAGCCCCGGCGCGGGUGAAGAUGCUCUCGGCGGGGCGCACGGCGGGCGCCCUCCUUCUCUGCGGGGUGGCCUUUGGUCUCUACUUCCCCAGGAAAGAGUACUUGGAGAAUGUGUACAUCGAUGAGCCAGCAGGUAUGCCGCUCCUGCGCAUCCACGCCUUGAAGGAUUCACAUGAAGAAGUGGCCCACUUUCAUCUGUGCCAGACUCUCAUAAUUUCUCGAGCAAGAUCCCAUGAAAAUAAUUGGUUUCAAAUCAAAGAAAAAACAGGACUUCUCUACCUCAGCAAAAGCCUGGAUAGAGACGACUUUAACACGUUGUCUGUAGGAAACUGGAUGCCAUUAUCAAAGGUGAUGCUGUAUGUCUUCCUUUCAUCCCACCCUUUCCAAGAGAAGGAAUGUGACUCUGCUACACGCACCACGGUUUUCCUCUCUUUGAUCAAUGCUACGGCACCAGCUUGCAGUUCCUUGACAGCAAGGCAACUUUGCUUCACAGAAAUGGAUCUCUCCUUUCACAUCGAGGAGAAUAAACCACCUGGCACAUUUCAUCAGCUCCAGUUACCCUCAGUUCAUCAUCUGUGUCAGAAUCUCAGCAUUUCCUACAAACUGCUAGCAGCUGAGGGUCUGCCCUUUCGCUACAAUGAGAACACCACCAGUGUGCGUGUGACACAGCGCCUGGACCGAGAGGAGAGGGAGAGAUACGAGCUGAUUGCCAAGUGCACCGUGAGAGAGGGAGUCAGGGAAAUGCAGGUUGAGGUGCCCUUCCUGGUGAAUGUGCUGGAUGAAGAUGACUCUCCUCCCUUCCUUCCCAAUGGCACUGAUACUGCAGAUGCUGUUGUGGAGUUCAACAGGAAAGAGGGAACCGUUCUUGCGACACUGACUGUGUACGAUGCAGACACCACACCCAUUUAUCCCCUUGAAAGCAGCAGAAAGAAAUACACAGGAACAAUUGUCACUGAUGAUCCUUGGAUAAGUGAAACAUUUCGUGUAGAGCACAUCUUUGAUGAAAUCCACUUCAGCCCAAAUGGCAGCCAAGUGAGGGGAACUCGACAUGAGUACAAACUGGUACUGAAUAAAAGCAUUUCAGUCACAGAGCAUCGUUACUUCCAGCUGGAUGUUUUGGUGAAUGACACGGAAUUUCAUGGCCCAGAAAGAUCAGUGAUGCUUCAUUUCAAUGUCUCCAUCCUCCCUGUCAGCAUUCAGUUUUCAAACAUGACUUACCAGUUCACAGUGAACAGAAAUGCUGAACGCUUUGCACAGAUAGGAAAAAUCUGCAUUGAAAACUGUAUGAAAUUCCGUGGUGUAAACAUCACCUACAAGCUGCUGUCCCCCAAUGCAAGCUGCUAUCCUGUGGGCAUCCUUCAAGGCCGAGAAGACAAAUACGGAAGCCUUUAUGUGAAUGAUUCCUCUGCGCUGCGCAGACCCGAAUGCAAGGAAAUCCAAUACACUGUUCAAGCUACAGACAAGCAGAGCAGGAAACACGCCAAGACCCUCCUCACUGUUGUAUUGGAAGGAACUCUUUUAAAAAAAGAAGAGGACUGCCCUGACUCUUGUGCUAUAAGUAAGCACCACGCUGAAUGUGAAGAGUGUGGUGGCCUGGGAGUACUAACAGGAAAAUGCCAGUGGAGACAAGGCAGUGGAAAAGGGAUCACCACAAACUAUUCCACGUGCACCCCGAGCAUCAAGACUUGUCCAGAUGGCAUCUGCGAUGUGGUGGAAAGCAAAGAUCCAGCUGUGUGCCCCCAGGACUGCACAAGUGGAAACAUUAUUGGUGGCCAUGGGAAGGGUAUUGGAAAUCUUGGAAUUAAGUCAGGACAUGGAAUUUGUUACUGCUUCCCAAGACAGAACUGUUAUUGUGAGAAAGAUGAUAUCAAAGAGCAACUAUGUGAUGAAGUGUGCAAGACUGUGAUAGCAGGGGCAGUGCUGCUGUCCUUCAUCAUUUCUGUGCUGCUUUCUUCCUAUUUCAUCCAUCGUUACCACAAGAAUUCUCCGAAGCCACCUAUUGCCUCUGCAGAAAUGACAUUCCGGCGCCCAACCCAAUCCUACCCCAUCAGUUACUCCUCCAGUAACGUCCGACGGCCUUCUCUGGAUUCCGUGGAGAACCAGGUGUCCGUAGACACCUUUAAAAUACCAGAAGAUCCAAAGUGGGAAGUCCCUCGGAAGAACCUAGUUCUGGGCAAGACUCUUGGAGAAGGAGAAUUUGGAAAGGUUGUCAAGGCAACAGCAUUCCGACUCAAGGGAAGGGCUGGCUAUACCACUGUAGCAGUGAAAAUGUUAAAAGAAAAUGCUUCCCAGAGUGAGCUGCGAGAUCUACUUUCAGAGUUCAACCUCUUGAAACAGGUGAACCAUCCCCAUGUCAUCAAACUUUAUGGAGCCUGCAGUCAAGAUGGCCCACUGUAUUUAAUUGUGGAAUAUGCUAAAUACGGCUCCUUGCGCAGUUUCCUCAGGGAAAGUCGAAAAGUAGGCCCAAGCUACGUGGGUGGUGAUGGCAACAGAAAUUCAAGUUAUUUGGACAACCCUGAUGAGAGAGCCUUGACAAUGGGAGAUCUGAUCUCGUUUGCGUGGCAGAUAUCCCGCGGGAUGCAGUACCUGGCGGAAAUGAAGCUCGUGCAUCGGGAUUUAGCAGCCAGAAAUGUGUUGGUGGCAGAAGGGCGCAAAAUGAAGAUUUCUGAUUUCGGCCUCUCACGUGAUGUAUAUGAAGAAGAUUCGUACGUAAAGAGGAGCAAGGGUCGAAUACCUGUGAAAUGGAUGGCCAUAGAGUCCCUAUUUGACCAUAUCUAUACAACACAAAGUGAUGUGUGGUCAUUUGGAGUUCUGCUAUGGGAGAUUGUUACUUUGGGAGGCAAUCCCUACCCAGGUAUUGCUCCUGAAAGACUCUUUAACCUCCUAAAAACAGGCUAUAGAAUGGAGAGACCAGAAAACUGCAGUGAAGAAAUGUACAACCUCAUGUUGCGCUGCUGGAAGCAAGAACCUGAUAAAAGACCAACAUUUACUGAGAUCAGCAAGGAACUAGAGAAAAUGAUGGUGAAGAGUAGGGACUACUUAGAUCUUGCGGCUUCCACACCUUCCGAUUCCUUACUUUACGAUGACGGGCUCUCAGAAGAGGAGACACCUCUCGUGGACUGUAAUAAUGCUCCCCUCCCUCGAACCCUCCCUUCCACAUGGAUUGAAAACAAACUCUAUGGCAUGUCAUACCCGAACUGGCCUGAGGAGAGCCCCGUUCCACUCACAAGAUUCGAUGGCACUAACUCUGUGUUUUCAAGAUAUGCAAAUGAUAGUGUAUAUGCUAACUGGAUGGUUUCACACUCACCGGCAAAAUUUAUGGACAAGUUUGAUAGCUAAAAUUUUCUUUGUGAAAGGUAAAGGACUCCUGAGGAGAGCAAAGAGGCAAAGAGUGGGAAGUCCAUUGGCUCGUUCUUUGUACAGUCAACAACUAACUUUUAAAUUGGCAAACCCUUUUAUUGGUAGUUUUUAAAAUGUGUUAUUCAUGCUGAAGACUGUAACUCGUACUUUCCCCUUUCAGAAAACAUAUCAAGCUGGAUAAAAGUUGUAGUUCCAGUACUUCUUUCUGGAUUGCCAUUUUGCCUAUGGUUCCAUUUGGCAACUUCUUACUGCAAAUGGCCUUGCACUUCAUCCUCGAUGUUUUUUAGACUAACCAUCCUGUGUUACAGCUUUCUUGGAUGGCAAAAUGUACUUGAACUGCUACUUUUAUAGUGGCUGUUAGAAUACGACCACUUGACCUAAGCAGGAAGCACAAACAAUAUAUGGAAAGGAGGGGGGAAACAGGCUCUGAAAUUACUGAGCUUGCUAUCAAAUGACAAGUGUUACAAUGAUGUUGGCAGUAAUGAAGCCUGUAUCUUGGUUUGGAAGCAAACAUUAAGUAACUCUAUAGAGGACUUGAGAUUCAACAUUUGAAGUCUUGUAAAAUGUAUUGUCUUGUCUUAAUGAGAAGAGAACUUGUUUUAUUAGUCUUAACUUCUCUUACCUUUAGCACAAUGGAGAUAAAUUUGAUACCAGUAAGUUGUAUAGACUGAUGGCAAUCAAGAGUGUUCAUCUGACACAAUUUACUUUCCAUCACCUACAUGUUAGUAAUGUUAAAAAAUACAAUCUUGUACAAUCAUAAUUUCUCUUAUAAGUUAAAAAUAGGCUAUACAGUCUUUUUAGACUGGAUUCAUAGAAUUGAAUAGUAGCAUCAUGGAAUGGUUUGGGUUGGAAAGAAACUUACAGAUCAUCUAGUUCCACACCCCACCCCCUGCUGUGGACAGGGACACCAUCCACUAAACCAGGUUGCUCAAAGCUCCAUCCAACCUGUCCUUGAACGCUUCCAGGGAUGGGGCAUCCACAAUUUCUCUCUCUGCGCAACUUGUUCCAGUGCCUCACCACCCUCACAGUAAAGAAUUUCUCCCUAAUACCUAAUUUAAACCUGCCCUCUUUUAAGCCAGACCCCUGUCCUAGCACUACAUGCCCUUGUAAAAACUCCUUUUCAGCUACCCUGUAGGCUCCCUUCAGGUACUGGAAGGCUGCUCUAAGGUCUCCCUGAAGCCUUCCCUUCUGCAAGGCUGAACAGCCCAAACUCCCUCAGCCUGUCUUCACAGGAGAGAUGCUCAACCCUCUGAUCAUCUUUGUGACCUUCCACUGGACUCACUCCAACAGGUCCACUUUCUUAUGCUGGGGACCCCAGAGAUGGAUGCAGUAUUCCAGGUGGGGUCUCAUAAGAUUAGAGUAGAGGGCCAGAAUCACCUUCUUGACUUUCUGACCACAACACGCAGCCCAGGACACGUUUAGUUUGUUGGGCUGUGAGAACCGUGUUGCCCAGUCGUGUUGAGCUUCUCAUCAAUCAAGACCCCCAAGUCCUUUUCCCCAUGGCUGCUCUCAAUCCAUUCUCUGCCCAACUUGUAUUUGGGAUUGCCCUGACCCAAGUGCAGGAUCUUGUCUUGGCCUUGUUGAACUUCAUGAGGCUGCACUGGCCCAGCUCUCAAGCCUGCAAGGUCCCUGUGGAUGGCAUCCCUUCCCUCCAGUGUGUCGACUGCACCACACAGCUUGGUGUGGUUGAAAAAUGUGCAGAGGGUGCACUGAUCCCACUGUUCAUGUUACCAACAAAGAUCUUAAAUAGCACUUGUCCCAGUACUGACCUCUGAGGAAUGCAACUCGUCAGUGGUUCUCCUCUUGGACAUCAAGCUGUUGACGACAACUCUUUGAGUGUGACCAUCCAGUCAAUUCCUUAUCCACCGCGUGGUGCAUCCAGCAAAUCCAUGCCUCUCCGGUUUCAAGAUAAGGAUGUCAUGCAAGAUGUUGUCAAAUGCUCUGCACAAGUCCAGGUAGAUGGUGUCAGUUGCUCUUCCCUUAUCCACCAGUGCUGUAAUCCUGUCACAGAAAGAUAUUUGUUGGGUUUGCCCUUAGUGACACCAUGUUGGCUGUCACCAAUCACGUCCUUAUUUUCCAUAUUUUCUCAUCAGGUUCUAUGGAUUUGUGUGCCUUCAGGUUCCUUAGAUGGUCUCAAACUUGACCAUCUAUGGUGGGUAGUUCUUUAUUCUCACAGUCCCUGCCUUUGCCUUCUCAGCGGAGUGACUUUGGCCCCAGUGGCUGGAGCACUUGCUGGUGACAACUGAGGCAAAAAUGUCAUUGAGUACCUCAGAUUUCUCCAUGUCCCAGAUAACCAAGUCUCCCAGUUUCUUCUGGACUGGGCUCACAUUUUCACCAAUGUACCUAUAGAAGCUUUUCUUGUUGCCCUUGAUGUCCCUGGCCAAAUUUAAUUGUCAGAGCUUUAGCUUUCCUAACCUGAUCCCUGGCUGCUUGGACAAUUUCUCUGUAUCCCUUCCAGGCUAUCUGUCCUUGUUUUCACCCUCUGUAGGCUUCGUUUCUCUGUUUAAGUUUGUCCAGGAGCUCCUUGUUCAUCCACGCAGGUCUUCUGAUGCUUUUGCCUGACUUCCUCUUUGUUGAGAUGCAUCUCUCCUGACCUUGCAAGAGAUGACACUUGAAUAUUAACCAGCUUCCUUGGACGCCUCUUUCCUCCAGGGCUUUAUCCCAUGGUACUCUACCCAGAAGAUCCCUGAAGAGGCCAAAGUCAGCUCUCCUGAUGUCCAAGUUAGUGAGCUUGCUGUGAGCCCCCUCGCUGGCCUGAGGAUCUUGAACUCCACCAUUUCAUAAUCACUGCAGCCAAGGCUGCCCCUAAGAUUCAUAUUCCCCACCAGCCCUCCUUGUUGGUAAGAACAAGGUCCAGCAUAGCACCUUUCCUCGUUUGCUCCUCUGUCACUUCAAAAAGGAAAUUAUCAACGCAUUCCAAGAACCUCCUGGAUUCCUUAUGCCCUGUUGCGUUGUCCCUCCAAUGGACAUUAGGGUAGUUGAAGUCCCCCAUGAGGACCAGGGCUUGUCAACAUGAGGCUGCUCCUAUGUGUCUGUAGAGGGUCUCAUCCACUCAGUCUUCCUGGCUGGUUGGCCUCAGCAAUCCCCCACUAUGAUGUCCCCUGUCCCUGCCCUCCCUUUAAUUCUGACCCAUAAGCUCCCCAUCCAUCACCAGGCACAGUUCCAAGCGCUCCAGGUGGUCAUGAACAUAGAGGGCAACACCCCCUCCUCCCUUUCCCUGUCUGUCCUUCCUAAAGAGCCUGUAUUCUUUAACUGCAACACUCCAGUCGUAGGAGCCAUCCUACCACAUCUCUGAUGCCAGUAAGAUCACAGCCCUGCAGGUGUGCACAGUCUCUAACUGCUCGUUUAUUCCUCAUGCUAUGUGCAUUUGCCUAAAGACAUUUAAGUUUGGCCCUUGAUGAAGGAGAGUUACUGGCAGGAAUAUCUGGAAUUCCUUUGUGCAGCAGUUCAGGUGCUCUUCUGCUGACCUGCACUCCCUCUCCAGGCUCUGGGCAUCUCUUGUUGGUGCUGGCAUCAAACUAGGAGUGGGAUGGAUUGAGGAUUCCCUCUCCCAGCAACUUCAGUUUAAAGCUGCCUUCAUCAGCUUGGCAAGCCUGUGACCAGAGAUGUUCUUCCUGUUCUCUGGCAGAUGGGCCCCCCUCAGACUCCAUCAGCCAGGUUUUUCAGCAUGAGUCCCCAGGGGUAGCCAGACCUCUGCCCAUGGCACUAGUCCCAUAAUCAUUUGCAGAUUUGCCAGAUUCAACUGGCCCUUUCAAACCUUUCUCUUUGACAGGGAGGACUGAUGAAAAAACAGCCUGCACUCGAGGGUCCCUUACUGCCACUCCCAGGGCUCUGUAAUCCUUGGUAGUCCUCACAUUGCUCCUGGCUGUAUCAUUGGUGCCCACAUGAAACAACAGCAGUUCGUCUUUGGACUGUACGAGGCUUGGUAGUCUCUCAGUGAUAUCCCUGAUCCAAGCCCUGACAGGGGGCCCAGUGAGCCCCUCUCCAGAGAGCACAUCAGGUUGGGAAAUGGGUGCCUCCCUGCCUCUCAGAAUAGUCCCCUGCUACGGACACCUGCCACCUUUUCUUAGUUGCUGUGGUUGUUACACAAGGAGGAGAUCAGGCUGCCUUACUCAGCACCAGCCUCUCUCCUGAUAUAGUGGCUCCUCUUCAGCCUGCAGAGUGGUGAAGCAGUUCUGCAAGAGCACCUCAUGUUUCAGGGGAAAUCUCUUCCUCUGGCAGGUCCUUGCCAUUUCAAGUGUCUAUUCUCCUGCCUUAUUGCCCCCCCCUUCCCCCUCCCCUUCUGUGUGUGUAUGGUGGGGGAGUUUUUGCCGGUUUAGCUGUGAGUUUACUGCAGGCUAUGCUCAGAACCAGCUCUCUAACUCCUUCUCAGCUUCCCUGGAGUUAUGUAGCCUUCUCACUACCUCCUGCAGCUUACCACUUGCUGCACGAGGUCCUCUGCCUCAGCACACCUUCCACAGACAUUCAAAUACAGUGAUUCUGUUUGCAGUCUUGUUCUGUGGGUUGGAGUCCUCCUCUCAGCUCCAAAUUGGAUAAAUUUACCAUGCACAGGACACUGCCACAACAUAAUUCCAAAUAAGCCUAUUACCUUGGAAGUCACGAGCAAAUAAGACUUGCACAGCGAAAUGGCUCUAAAACUCUGCUGUUGAAACCAUACAAGGAAAAUGUCAUCGCAGUUUUUUAAGGUGAAAUAUAAAAAUGUUAUGCUUACAAAAGUGAUAUUUGGGAGAACAAUCAGACUGUGAGUCAUGUUCAGUGUGGAAGCGUAAAUGAUCAGCACUACUUUUGUCUUUGUUUGUAAUCCACCAUGGUUAAAGGUAACCUUUUGUUUGCUACAAAUGUUGGGAUGUAAAUCCCGAGUGACUUGUUGUUAGCGUUGUGAUGGUUAUUCUAAAUAAUCCAAUUCUACCAAAGCUUGCUCCUGUCACUUACAAUCCAAUUUAGAUGUUUCAGAUCUGUUUUCAGAUGUUGUUUUGUGUAUCAACUUUAUGUUUCCAUUAAAGUCUGUGAUUUCAGAAACAUGA